AUGGCUCUGAGAUACUAUAAGGCUCCGACAGGUGGCAACUGGCCGUACGUAUGGUGGAUACCGACUGGCCUCUUGAAAUACUUCCCAAUACACGCAGCUGGAUGUCAUCGGAAGAAGAAAAAAGAGACGACGCUGGAUAGAGUUGUUUCAUCGUAUGCUUCGUCGACUACACCAACGCUGUCACGCUUGGCGUUUACCAACCAGGAAUUGGAAAUCGUCAAAAGUGUUUGUUCGUUGAUUGGGUUAGCCGUUGUUGAGCCCGAGCGACGAAAGGUCGCCCUCAUCGACCAACUUCGCCAGUGGAAGUUAUUCCAUUCUGCAGGACACGGAUGCACCGACCCCCAAGACCCUCUGAGGAGCUAUUCGUGUCUCGAAGAUGUCGUAACGAAUCCGCUGAGGGUAGGUGGUCUAUUGGACUUGAACCUAAAGGACCAGCCACUUUUCCUAGCUUAUCUGUCAGCUUGUGGAACGGGCCGUUUUCAACAGGAGCGUUUCAUGGAUGAGAACGUUCAUCUCAUCAGCGCUCUUCAGCUCGUCGGCUUCCAAUAUGUAAUAGAUACUUUGCGGGAUGUCAAUGACAAGGUUUGCGUUGAUGAAGCCAAGGCAGUGUAUGAGGGUAUCAAGGAUUCUCAGACGACAGAUCAACCUGUGCCCUGGGGGCUUCAUGAGGCGAGCCGUCAGCUGAGGGACAACUGGCUGGAGAAAAGCGACCAAGAGGGACACCAUAGAUGGGAAAAUGAUGAUAUUCUCAACAACUUGGUUAUAAAAGGGCCUGCGGUCUACGGUAUUAGGUGGGAAAGGAGACGAGUUCGGAGUAGAGGAAGGGCUAAAGGCAUGUCAAUCUCGUUUGGGACGAGAAGUGCACGGGUAAGCAAGAACAUUAUGUCCGGGGUCGAGACCAGAGCUAUCCUCCUAAGACAUAAAGUCAACCCUUCACCAGCAUGGGUUCCGUUUAUUCACUAUGGUAUCUAG